AUGAUGGAAAAUUCUUUCAAAGUUGCAAUCAUUGGUGGAGGCCUUUGUGGUCUAGCCCUUGCCAUUGCUCUUCAGGAACGAAACGUUCCAUUCAUGCUCUACGAAUCCCGAAGCUCAUUCACUGAGAUUGGCGCCGGCCUCACAUUGAACGCCCCGGCAUUACAAUCACUCUCGCUCAUCAAGCCAGCCUUAGGCGAAGCCGUGAUCCAAAUGGCAACGCGCAGCUUACCUCCCUACGAAGUCAGCACGAUGCAUAUCCGUUAUGGGGCAGAUCUGAGAGACCAUAAAGAAGGCGACGUCAUCUUCGAGCUGGCAUCACCACCGCCUGGGAUGCUGUUUGUUCAUAGGCAAGACGUCCUCUCGCUACUUGUUGAGGCACUUGAUCCUGAAAAUGCCAGACUCAAUAAAAAGUUUGUCAGUUAUCGUCAAAGAGACGAUGGAUUGGUUGAUAUUUAUUUCGCCGAUGGCAGUGAAGAGACUGCCAAUAUGCUCGUCGCGUGCGAUGGAAUACAUUCCCGUGUGCGAGAAGUCAUGUUUGGCAAGGAUAACCCCAUCAGUAAACCUCAUUUCAAUGGCGAGGGUGGGUAUCGUGGUGUAAUCCCAAUGGAGAAGCUUGAGAAGUCUUUGGGUGAUGAAGCUCAUCAAAGCCAGUUACUUCUCGGUCCAGGAGGCUUUCUUCUAUACUAUCCGGUUUCUGGCGGCAAGAAUGUCAACUGUGCCGCAUGGUUCAAGAAUGACGACUGGGAUUGCGAGGAUUGGGUUGUGCCUGGCAAUAAGGAGCAAUUUGAAUCCCAGUACAAGUCAUGGGGCUCAACCGCUCGAAAAAUUCUGGACUCUUUUGACAGAGAAAAACUGAUGUUUUGGACUAUCCAUCACUUUGUGCAUCAGCCCGAUUCCUUCCAUGAUUCACGUGUCAUUCUGCUCGGCGAUGCAGCACACGCCAUGGCGCCACAUCAAGGGGCGGGGGCGGGACAGGGGGUAGAGGAUGCCAUUGUAUUUGCUGAGGUAUUGGAUUCAAUGAUUCGAAAAACUCGUGGCUCGGACAACAACGGAAAUGAAAGUCACAUGACACUGGCUCCAACAGCCGGCAGUAUAGCGGCUGCAUUGCAAGCAGUUGAAAAUACCAGGAAACCUCGUUUCCUUGAAGUCCAACGAAUGAGCACAGCCGCAGGGAAACGUUGGGCAGAGUUCUAUGAUCAAGUCAUGGAAGGAGAGGAGUUGUCAACUUGGGUGCAAUCUGCGAAAGACCAAUUGGCUUGGAUUUUUGGCGUAGAUAUGGCAAACGAUGUAAACAUCGCCAUAGCACGGUUUCAUGAAUUGGUGGCAAUGAGCUAA